UCCAGUUACACCCUCUCCACCCUCUCUAUGGUCCGCUGCAGGAUGAAGCAGACAGCUGUGAGAUUUUGAUAAUAUUCCUUUGUGCAGCGUUUUCGACAUUCAGUUUGGUCUUAGACGAGAAAGAGCAGCUUCUGCGUCGAGAAAACCCGAUAGCCAUGUCCAUCCGGAGGUUUUGGAGCGCCCCUAAAGCGGUGGGGGACGUCAACAUGGUGACAGAGGAGCUGAAGAAUCUUUACUACAAGAGGCUGCUGCCAAUAGAGAAACACUAUUCCUUCCAUCACUUUCACUCACCCAGCUAUGAAGAUGCAGACUUCGACAACAAACCAAUGGUGCUGGUGAUGGGUCAGUACUCAACAGGAAAGACAACCUUCAUCAGGUAUCUUAUCGAGCAAGAUUUCCUUGGGAGCAGAGUUGGGCCAGAGCCAACCACUGACUGCUUCACAGCCGUCAUGCAUGGAGAAAGUGAAGGGAUCAUCCCUGGAAAUGCUCUUACAGUAGACCCAAAAAAGCCAUUUCGCAACCUUGACCCUUUUGGAAAUUCGUUUCUGAACAGGUUUCAGUGUGUCCACAUGCCAAAUCAAGUCCUUGAAAACAUCAGCAUAAUAGACACACCAGGCAUCUUGACUGCUGCUAAAAGAAAACUAAGCCGAGGCUACGACUUCCCGGCAGUGCUGCGCUGGUUCGCUGAGCGUGUGGAUCGAAUCAUCCUGCUGUUUGAUGCACAUAAGCUGGAGUUCUCCGAUGAGCUCACCCGGGCCUUUGGGGCUCUGUUUGGCUACGAGGACAAGCUGCGCGUGGUUCUCAACAAAGCUGACAGGGUGGAUUCCCAGCAGCUCAUGAGGGUGUAUGGCGCCCUCAUGUGGUCCCUGGGAAAAGUGUUCCGCACCCCUGAGAUCUUGAGGGUCUACAUUGGAUCGUUCUGGUCGGAGCCGCGGCAGAUGUGUGACCACUACCAGCUGAUAGAGCUGGAGGAGGAAGACCUCCUGGCCGACAUUAGAAACCUGCCACGCAACGCUGCCGUACGCAAGCUGAAUGACCUCGUGAAGAGGGCACGCUUACUGAGGGCUCAUGCACACAUCAUCAGCUAUCUAAAGCAAGAGAUGCCAACUAUUUUUUGUAAAGAGAGCAAGAAGCACAAUCUGAUCUACCAGCUUCCGGUCAUUUUCACCAAGAUCCAGCAGCAGCAUCGAGUCCCAGCGGGCGACUUCCCCGACUGCACCAAGAUGCAGGAGAAGCUUUUGGGUCAAGAUUUCUCAAAGUUCAAGACGCUGAAAGCAAGUCACUUGGCUUCCUUGGAUAAACUCCUCACAACCGACAUAGCGAACCUGGUUCCCUUGCUUCAACAACAGGAAAUGAAGAAGAAGUCACUCCCUUCUGUGCUGGAUGCUGAAUUUUUGGGAACAUUCAGGCGUGAUCACUACAGAAGGGACCCAUUUAAGGAACUCCCGAAAGACAAUGAGAGCAAUGAGUCCGAGUUCGAUGAGUGGGUGGUGGAAAAGUACAAACCGAAAUAUGACGAGAUUUUCUAUAACCUCAGUCCCAACGAUGGCAAACUGAGCGGCACCAAAGUCAGAGAGUGGAUGACGACCACACUGCUGCCCAACUCGGUGCUGGCUCACAUCUGGAGGCUGUCUGAUGUGGAUGGAGACGGCAUGCUGGACAACGAGGAGUUCGCGCUGGCCGUCCACCUCAUUGAGGGGAAACUGGAGGGCUACUACCUGCCCAGAGAGCUGCCCUGUCACCUGGUGCCGCCUUCCAAACGACUCGGUUCAACUAGUGAUGUAUCAGUGUGAGCUGAAGGGAUCGGAGUACAAAGGCAGACAAACUCCUGCAUGUGAAUUCUGUACAUUUUUGUUUUCCAAUAUUCAUAUCACUCUUAUUUUAAACAUUUGACUUUAUAUUUUAAUACACACAUUUGUAAAGGAGAAACAAAUAAAACAUAUAAUUGAUGCAUAUUUUAGUUGAGAGAACUUAAGAGCACCAGAUAAAGCACAGCUGUGAAGUACGCUUGAUUAAUAGACACAUUAAACUGGUAAUUAUAAGGUGCAUUUGUUUAAUCCCAUGCCAGCAUUAAAGACAUUACUUCUAUCACUAAAUCUGUAUCUAUGUUUCAACUUACGCAAGUGA